CACAGCACUUGAUCCCGCGUCCAGUAGGCAACUCUUCGGUACCUAUCAGUCAGGAUGGCAUUCGUUCGAUGUCUGUCUGCUUGUUCCUUGGUAUUCAUCCUUGGACUCGCUGCUGGCGAGGAGUCAACGACCGAUAAACCAAUCAUUCUGGAUGACCAUCUAGGAAUACGUCAGUUUUCGGGGACAACGACUGAUAAACCUCUCAUUCUGGAUGACCAUCCAGGAGAACGUCAGUUUCCGGCAAAGGAUCCUCCCGCGUUCACCCCUCCGAGCAACACCGACGCUGAAGUUCCCAUCCUGAAGAAAGAAGACCUCGGUGGAUUUGAGAAUGUCAACCCCUCUCAUGUCAACGGUGAAGAGCUGUUUGAAGCUGACAUCUUGCUGUCUCCUGAGCAGAAAAGGCAAUUAUUGGAGAGGAAGGCCAUAUCAUACACUUCCAUGAGAUGGCCAAAUGGACCAAACGGAACUCCAGUUGUCCCUUACCAGUUUGGAGACACGGCCGUGGAUACAGCAGCAGUAGAGGCAGGGCUGGCUCACUGGGAGGAGCAUACUUGUAUUGACUUCCAGCUGAUCAGUGGUUCUACUCCAAUCCAAUACUUGAACUUCUUUCAAGGCACUGGGUGCUGGUCAUAUGUCGGAAUGCAGUUAUCAGCACAAAAUGUAUCUAUUGGAAAUGGAUGCACUGGGCUUGGAACUGUGGUUCAUGAGGUGGGCCAUGCCUUGGGAUUCUACCACGAGCAGUCACGUUCUGACAGGGAUGACUAUGUCUCCAUCCUUCUAGAAAACGUGAUACCCGGCAAAGAGAAUAACUUCCUGAAGACUAACGACAACAACUACUCGGUGCCAUACGAUUUCUCAUCCGAUAUGCAUUAUGGUUCGGAUUACUUCACCGUGAAUGGGCAAAACACAAUAGUAACCAAGAAUCCGUUUGCGCAAGAGCUCAUCGGAGGCAGAAAAGGGCUGAGCCACUAUGACAAGCUACUGGCUAACACGAUGUAUCCAUGCAUUACAAAAUGGAUGCAAAACUGCGGCCUAACCACGAACCCUUGUCAGAACGAUGGCUACGUAGGAAAGAACUGUAGCUGCGUUUGUCGCAGCGGAACAAGUGGCGCUAACUGUGAGACUGUUAAUCAAGGCUACUAUGACAGCCUUCUCUCGGGUUGCUCGGCAAAUGUCACAGCACCUGGGACAAUAACAUCUCCCAACUACCCCAGUAAUUAUCCAUCAGAUAUAAAGUGUGUGAAAAGGAUCCAGGGCCCUCAGUGUACCACUGUGAAGAUAAAGUUCAAUGCUUUUAGACUUUACCCAAGAAGCCCUUAUUGCAAUGGAAACAGCUGCUGCUAUUUCGACUCCCUUGAGAUAAGGACCACCAAUCUUACUGUCGGAGAAAUUUACUGUGAUCAAGAGAUUACUACCGGUGCCGAAUUCACUUCUCCGAGCAAUCAGAUGAUCCUCUUCUUCCAAACGGGCACAAACUACUAUUCUGGAUGGUCUGCUAAUGUGACCUUUGAACCAGUUCCUUCGUGCCAGCCUGAAACAACGUCGACAAGUACUUCAACCAGUACACCUACCAGUACAAGUACAUCAACCAGUACACCUACCAGUACAAGUACUUCAACCAGUACAUCUACCAGUACAAGUACUUCAACCAGUACAACUACAUCAACCAGUACACCUACCAGUACAAGUACUUCAACCAGUACAACUACAUCAACCAGUACACCUACCAGUACAAGUACUUCAACCAGUACACCUACCAGUACAAGUACUUCAACCAGUACAACUACAUCAACCAGUACACCUACCAGUACAAGUACAUCAACCAGUACCAGUACUUCUACCAGUACGAGCACGACAUCAACCAGUACCAGUACUUCUACCAGUGCGAGCACGACAUCAACUGCGACGAGCACGGGCCAGAGCGGCACUGGCGAUGCUUGCAACGUCAUAGAGUUGGGAACUGGUGCCAUCGAAUGGACUUCUCCAAACUUUGGUCUGGGUAGAUACCCCAACGGUGAAUCCUGCUCACUUUCAAUGUCAUCGAGUUCUCCACAAUGGGCACAAAUAACCCUGAAUACAUUCAGCUUGGGCCGAAAUGAUCGUGUUUCGUUCCGAAGGCCUCUCUUCUCUCCGAUGACUCUGAGACGCUUCAAGGUCGGAAGGAGAAAUCUUCCGUCCAUUAAUUUCGACGCCGAAUUCGUGACCGACGCCAGAAGAAACGGCGUCGGAUUCAACAUUACAAUCGUCGGCAAAACAAGCAACUGUCAUGAGCUGAUCACUACAGGAGGCGUCGGCGACUCGGGUUCAAUAGCCGCCCCCCUUUACCCCAACAACGCCUGGAUGAAGAAAGCUUGUGAAUUCUGGAUAAGGUCUCCAAUCAACACACGGAUUCGGCUCGAGUUCACCUCAAUGGUUAUGUCCACAAAGUGCAGACUGAACAGCGUCAUUGUGAAUGGAGCGGGUGACGUCACCUAUCCCGCAGGCAGCAGCGACAGGUACUGUGGAACAACGCUUCCCCCAUCAACAACGUCUGCGGCAAAUGAGAUGAACGUGCUCUUCUUCAGCAGGAGAGCUAAUAAGCGGUUCUCUGCCACUUGGACUGUCGUUGCAGCAUAGUGAAAGAGGUCCUGAAAUUUCUUUGCCAAAGUGAUGAGAGUGCUGCUUUGAUGUUUAAAGGUUUCCAUCCUCGAAUAAAUUUCAACCACUGUCAUUUUUAUCUCUCUCUCGCUCUCUAUUUUAUUUUUUACACAUUUUAAGCAUCCUGAAGGUUUCAUAUGUUAAACAUCCUGAAAGUGUCAUUAUGUAAGCACAAAUAUCUGUUAAAAAUUUGCCUUGGAUCUUGUCGCUGCACGAAACCUGAAUAACUUCACUUACUUCCUUCUAAUGUUUUCAUUGGUCUAAUAUUUAUUCCAGUUGGAAUACAGAGUUCUUUUAAACCA